CGGAAACAGAAUAUUUGUUGUAGUUUUCUGCGUUUACCGCUGAUGGAGCUAGCUGUGUUGUGGCGGGUGGUACUACACAAUGAAUCUGGUCCGCAAACGCAAGUCCAGCUCUCUCAAAGGUGGCCCUGACAAAUAUAUUAGGACAGAGAAACCACAGUCUACGAGACCACCAGCAUCUUACAAUGCAUCAUCACCACUCACAACAGAGGCCAGUGGCAUUGUCACAACUUCCAAGGAGGAGAGAGGCCUGGAGGUCCAUGGGACAUCGUCGCCAUGGAGACGAUCUCCCAGGUUCAAGAGUCAAGGCCUGCUUGGCCAGGUUCACAGCGCAGACCUUGUUGCUGAGGGUCAGGUGGAGAAUGAAGAGGAGGCCGUCCAAUGCAGCCCUGCACAUUGCCCCCCUCAGACAGAAGAGGAUACAGACACUGACCUGGUCAUCACCAUGGAUGAAAGGCAUGGCGGGGGACGCAAGGGCAGCAGGAAGAAGGGAGGGGUAAAGAGGAAGAAGAGAGCUGCGGACGGAGAGGUGGGGUACAGAGAGCAGGAAGGGGCCGGUCCCGAGGUGGAGAUUGACAGGGAGCUGGACCGUGAGCUGGAGAACAAGUCCAGACAACACAACCUGACCACCGCCAACGUCCGCAACAUCAUUCACGAAGUGAUCACCAAUGAGCAUGUGGUGGCCAUGAUGAAAGCCGCCAUCAAUGAGACGGAGGCUGUGCCUGUCUUUGAGCCCAAGAUGACACGUUCCAAAUUCAAGGAGGUGGUAGAAAAAGGAGUGGUCAUUCCCACUUGGAACAUCUCCCCCAUCAAAAAUGUCAAUAAAGAGAAGGCCCAACAGUUUGUGGACAUUCAAUUAGCAGAGGAAGACUCCUCUGAUGAAGAGUACUGCCCCGACGAAGAGGAGGAGGACGAGACAGCGGAAGAUACAUUUCAGGAAAGUGACAUGGAGAGCACGGCCUCGUCUCCAAGGGGAACCAGAGGAGGCUUCCACAGGAAAAUAAACACAGAGUGGGACGACGACAGGAGCUGCAGCCCCAUGCAGGUUAAUCGCAGCAGGUCCAGACACCUGAGGGUGGAGGUUGUCCCCAUGGGCCCUCCCCCUCCCCCCCAGCCCUCCUCCUCCUCUGGCCCCCAGGGAUUCUAUACCACAAGGACCCCUCCAGAAUUCAGCUUCCUUGAGAAGCUCCAUGCCGUGGAGGAGGAGCUGGCCAUCGGCCCCGUCUGCCUGGAGCCCUACCAGCCACCCCUGGCGGACGGUCUAAUGGCGUGUCGUACCCGCUCCAAGAGGCCCCUCCGGGACGUCCCCAUGGGCCAGCUGGAGGCAGAGCUCCGUGCCCCCGACAUCACGCCCGACAUGUACGGGUGUGGCUCGGCCCCCGAGGACCCUGAGUGGACCCACUGGCUGCAGGGCAUCAUGACCUCUAACAUGUACAACGAUGAGGAAGGCGAUGAUGAUGAUGACGACCCUGAGUAUAACUUCCUGGCGGAGAUCGACGAACCCGACGUGGAGGAUUACCGUAAUGACCGUGCAGUCCGCAUCACAAAAAAGGAAGUGAACCAGUUGAUGGAGGAGUUGUUUGAGACGUUCCAGGAUGAGAUGACUGCUCAGGAGCAAGAUGGGGAGGGACACGAGGAAGAGGAGGAGAGGGAGGAAGAGGCACCUUCCCUGGGGACACCCGCCCUGGAGACACCCAUCUUCAACACCCUCCCUGAUAUCCUGUUAGAGGAGCCCAUGGCAGAGAUGACGGCAGGGUGCUACUGUACGGUGAAGGAGCAGCUGGAUGCCAUUCGGCGUCGCCGGGCACUGCUGGAGAGCCAGGGCCUGUUGGUGCCCAGCAGCCUCAUCCCCAAGCCCCGGGAGCCCCCGCCUCCAUUCACCCCCACCCUCUCCCACCAACAGGGACUCCAGCUGCAGCAGCAAGUCCAACAGCACGUCCAGCUCCUGACCCAGGUCCACAUGUUGACCAGCCCAGUGGCUGCACUGCAGAGCGAAGCUGCCGCCACCAAGCAGUUCCUGAUGGAGUUACAGAUGUUUGCCCAGCGUGGGGAGUUGACCCGGGGCCCAGUGGAGCCAGGCUUCACCAGUGUGUUCAGAGCCUGUAACCUAGAGGCAGCACUGUCACUACUGGAGGAGCUCAGACUGUCCCCAAUCCCUUACCAAGAAGCCCCUAACAAGCCACGAACAUGCAGGAGAGUCCGAAAGCACCCGUCGAUGCCCCCUCAGCUGGCAUGGCUGUUUGCCACACGGCCGGUGUUCCUGUACCCUGAGCUACUGCCCCACGUCAGCCUGGACCCAGCCCUGCACUCUGCCCGCUCCGUCAGCAUGUUCACCGCAGGAGAGGACUGCCUGAUCGUCCUGGGCCUGAGGAACCUGGGGGAGACCCUCCAGCCCAAGGAGCUGCUGUGUCACUACCUGCUCCGCGCCAAGAGGGUCUCUCAGCUCCGUGACCACAUUGUGGAGAUGUGUAAACCCACCCAUCCCAACAACGUCAUCAAGGCCUACCGACUCCAGAAAGUGGUCCAUCCCAUGCCAGUGGCCUGUGACCCAGUGAAGCCGGGUGACCUACGCCCUUCAGUGGAGAGAGAGGAGAGAGCCAUGCCCGGAUGGUUGAGGAGAAGUUUGCCUUAUAUCUACGAGGCAAUCAGAGAACUCAACAGCUCGCCAGAUACAGAAGCCAUGUCGGCCUGUCAAUCAAAGAAAGCCCCACUCGUCACUCUUCUCUUCAGAUCCUCCAGAACCUUGGACUACAGCUUCCCUCCCGGGACUCGCUACCCGCCCCAACUCCCCGACAGCCUUUCAUUCCAGCGCUGCGGCUUCAGGCGCUGGCACCGUCCACCACCCUGUGACCUCUCGCUGUCCCUGGCCGUAUCGCACAGUGCCACCCAGAGUCUGGGAAGUGGAACUACACGCUCAGAAAGUAAAAGUAAUUCCCAGACAGGUGCUGUGAUUCAGCAGUGCAUGGCCCACCAAAAACUGCAACCCAUUCAGCCUGCAACAUCCAAACCUCCUUCUCUUCAGCAUCCCACCAAGCCUCAUCUGAAACGUCCCCUCAGGCCUCAACCUUCCCAGAAGCCCCUGCAGGUCAUCCUCAAUUUGCCUGCCCCAGUGGCCGCAGCUGUCCUUUGUCCCGCCCCUUCCACCAGGGUGUUGGCCUCUCGGUUGUCACAUUCCGCUCCAUUGGCCAAAGACCUGGUUACUCGGAAGUGCAGCAUGUUCGCCAACCUCCGCAGGCUGCCCAGGCUGCUGCCAGCUCCUCCACCCAACAACAAGAACCCUCCCCAAACAAACCUGAAUACCGUGACCCCCAACAGUGGAGCAAACCACCUUUUGUUGCCCCAUAUGAGUAGUAGAACAGCCUCCACUAUUACUGAAACCCAAACCUCGGUCUCUACUAUGACUCCUAUCGAACAAUUCAAGAACAAAUCCUCCAGGACCAGCCGGCGGGUGACGGAGAAACGCAAAAGCAGCCUGAAGAGUGAGGGGCAGCCCCAGCCUUCAGCCUCCCCGGAACCCCCUGCACUGGACCAGGCUCUGACCCCGGACGACUAUGUCACAGUUAUAAUGGAGAAAGAGGAGGUGGUGAAGGAAGAGGGGGGAGAUGAGGAGGAUGAGAGGGAAGAGAAAGAUGACUGUGGCAGGGAGGAUGGGGAUGGAGGUGAUUUUGGAAUGCCUCUCCUGGCCCUGUCGGAGUCCUCUGCCAGCCCCACGGGGAGCGUUGACUCCGUUAACCCCACGGAGGAGUCAGAGGAGGGGCAGGAGAUAACGCUGACCCUAUCGCCCGGGCCGUCGGACAUGGGGGAUGGAGGGUGGGAGGGUGAAGAGGGAAGGGAGAACAGAGAUCAGGAGAUAGAGGAAGUGUUGUCACCAGCCUCCGAGGAGUCCAUGUUGUCCGUGCCAGAGCUGCAGGAGACGAUGGAGAAACUGUCAUGGCUGGCGUCAGGAGGGAGGUCAGAUGACUCGGAAGAGGGUGAACGAUCAGGCACACCGUCAGGCUGCCAUAGUAGCAGCCCCAACCCUUCCAGCUCAAGGGAUGAGCAGCAUCACACUGGAGAAGUCGGAAGCAAAGGGAGGUCCAAAAGCCCACCGAUCCUCUACGACGAUGACGACCUACUUGACAGCGACCCCCUGAGGGAGAAGAAGGAAAUAGCCUUCGCUCAGAAUUAUCUCAACAGGGUGUGCCAUGCCCUGCAGGAGGUGCCGGGGCGCGUGGAGGAGUUUCUGGAGGUACUCUAUGAGUUUGAGCAGGAUGGAGAUGAGCACACCUCUGUGGAACUCUUCACGAGGCUAAAGCAUGUUCUGAACGAGUGGCCUGAGCUGCUCCGAGACUUUGCAGCCUUCCUCCAUCCCGAACAAGCCCAGGAGUGUGGACUGCUCGCAGAGCAGCAGGCAUUUGAGCGUAGCCGGCGCUUCCUGCGACAACUGGAGCUGAGCUUUGGGGAAAACUCCUCCCACUACCGCAAGAUAGUGAGCAUCCUUCAAGGAGGCCCUACUCUCAGUCCUGCUGGCAUCAAGGAGGUGAAGGCUCAGAUAGCCAACCUUCUCCGAGGUCACAGCCGCCUGCAGGGGGAAUUCUGGGUGUUUUUCAACGAGCUCCACUUACGGCCCUCGCUGCAGUGUCAGACUGAGAACAGAGGCUGUGGUGAUGUGACCAACACAAACUCCACUUCCCAGAAGUCAUCAGCAGCAAAUAAACCUAAGAGAUGCCAAGGCACUAAAACCCCAAAAGCCACACAAGUAAGGGAGGAUGAAGCGGACAAGGAGAAAGAAGGGGAUCACUACGUCCUCUCUGAGCACUCAGUCUGUGCCAAAAACAUCUCGCUUACACCCAGUGGAGAGAAAGUCAUCCUCUGGACCAGGGAGGCGGACCGUGCCAUCUUGACCGCCUGUCAGCAGAAGGGAGCAAAGAAAAUAACCUUUCAAGCCGUCUCCGCCCAACUUGGCAACAAGACCGCCAAUGAGGUUUGUGACCGUUUCCAGGAUCUCAUGCGCCUUUUCCGCUCCUCCACCCAGCGGGUGUGCUCCGACGAGGAGGUCAGUGACACAGAGCAGCCAACCAGCAGCAGAGAGCCAGACCCGGACUGAACAGGACCCAACACCAGUGGAACAGUAAAAGUCAGCUGGACUGACGAGACUGCAGUCCAAGCCACAGAAAAGGAGGGGCACUUGACUGUGCUUCCUCUCUGACUCAACACUACUGAGGGUGCAGAAAUAUGGGUACGUCUCCCGUUGAUGGCAUAAAUGCAGGGCUAUUACGACACAGCCAGGACUCAAUGUUUAUGUGCUGGUAUGCAUAGGCGAAGUACAAAGGUUCCAAAUGUGUGAAUAUGUUCAGGCCAUGAGGUUCCUAGUGUUAUGAGGUGCUAAAAUGUGAAAUAGAAUCCCUCUUGAAUGUAUGAAGGAGAAAAGUGCAUAAGAUGUACAAGAGGUCUUGGAGCUGUGUCGGGCUACAAGUAAUAUUAGAUGAGCUCGAGGGCCUUCCAAAUCACAAGAGACACAUUGCACAGUAAGAAUCAGCGUAGACAAUGGUGCAAUCGUGAUUCAUUAAAUUGUCCGCUGAAAUGUAAAAAGAGAAUAAAAAUGGACAAUUGAUUGCCAACUGUAGUGUUUUCAUUAUGACGUGGAUUGACUGAUACUGAAGAGUUAGAGAUGUCAAGCAUUCUUUGCUGGUUGCUAAAUGACUGUUUGAAUAAAGUGUACAUCAUUGUUUUAUACAAUGACUACCAGACUGUUA